AUGGUGAAGGAGAUUUUACGUUGUACAUAUUACUCAGUGGAGAAUGUAAAGAUGAACAUAAAUGAAGCUUUUUAUGCUAUAAGUUGUGCUCAUAGAUUAGCCGGAGUUGAAAAUCCGUGUAAAUCAGAUUUGGUUAUUUCUGUGAAGGAAGGAUCUUUGAGAUCUGUUGGACACAUUGUGGUUAAGAAAGAACCUAUAACACCAGAAAUUUUGUAUCAAAUCUUUAUGCUUUAUGGUAACGAUAAAUCUAAUCUGAAAGAUGUUAGAAUAGCAUGUAUGUGCCUUAUAAGUUUUGCUGGAUUUUUGAGGUAUUCAGAAUUAGCAAAUCUGACAAGAAAUAAUAUUGUUUUUCAUGAUUCGUACAUCAGUUUACUGAUAGAGAGUAGUAAAACUGAUAUUUACCGUGAGGGUAGAGAUGUACUCAUUUAA